CAACUUAAGAGCUCUCUUCCUUUGAAAAAUACAAUAUCUGCAAUCACAAAGUUGUUUCUCUAGCUUAGCUUUUUCUAUUGACACUUCUAGAAACAUUUGAACAUGGCAAUCACUAUGGGGCACAUUCUCCGUCCUAAGCAAGGUUUCAGAAGGUCUUCUUCAAGAACAAACAGAGAAAGCGAGAUCCCUAAGGGUCACUUUGCAGUUUAUGUAGGCGAUAGUGAGAAGAAGCGCUUUGUCAUUCCAAUUUCAUAUUUGAAAGACCAUUCGUUCCAAGACAUGCUAAGUCAAGCUGAAGAGGAAUUUGGAUUUGAUCAUCCGAUGGGUGGACUUACAAUUCCUUGUCCGGAGGACACCUUCCUCGACAUCAUCUCUAGUAUGAGCAGAUCUUGAUAGAUAUCACAGAGUUUAGUUUGUAGUCACUAGAACAAUUUUGCAGCAAAAAAUAUUCUUGUACAGUGUUUUUUCCAUAUGUGAAUGGAAAUUUUAUACAUUUAUAUUUCAUUGAUUGGAGUAAUUACUCUUAUUCUUGGUUACCAUAUCAUUUCGAUUUUAGACCAGAACCAUAAUACGCAGUAAAUUUAAAUCUGGAUA